CAAAAUUAAUUCAUCGACAAAACAAUCUAUUCGCAAGAAAACGUUCUGUACACCAAUUUCAAAAUCUUUAUAGAGUAAUUAAACAGUUUCUUCCUGCAAAUCAUUUAGUUACAAAGCGAUAAGGAACACAAAACAUAAAAACUAUCUGAUAAACUGAUACGAAAAACAGACAAACAGAUACCGAGUAAACGCUACCACUCCACUCCACUCACAUAACUCGUUCGAGACAACUUAAUACAUUUAACACAAAGAGAAACGUUUUUAUUUUACUUUUUUUUCGUACCGACCACAACACAUACUGACAGACUACGAUAAAUCUAGCCUCAUUGUUCCGUUUUACUGCAAUUACAAUAUAUCUAGUAAUAUCCACUUCUACCGGAACUUUGGCGUGACUACACAAACGGAAAACGCAAACUGAAUCGCCGACGCCCGCUCAACGACCAACUUAAUGGCCCAACACCUAUUGUCUGAACUUACAUUCAAUAUUAAACCUUAUUCUUGAGCUGGUAAUGUAUAGUUUUAUGUAGCAGGAUUAGUGCAUCAAAGACUGUGUACAUUGAUAAAUACAUAGCGUUUAGAUAAGGUAUUUUAAAAAGAGGUUUUCUUUUGUAUGCGAUGAUGAAAAAUGCUGCGGUGUUAAAGGGUUGCUCUGUUUAAGGGGUGUUUUAAUUGGGAUACCGAUUGUGAGCGUUAAGGGGUAGACAUAUUGUGGAAGGUUAAUCUUUCUUUAUUGGCCCCUUUGUAAGAGCUCGUGUUAUAUUGCUUUUAAGUACAAAGGUGAGGAGAUAGAAGGAUCGGUUAUUAUUAUUCCUUGGUUACAUGUGAGAGUUUUCUCAUGAAGAAUAAUGGGAAUGUGGUUUUUUAUGUCUGCUGAUAAAGGCUAUGUGAGGUAGUUAUUUAGAUAACGUAUUAUAAAAAUGAAGUGUGUUUUUAAGGUGUGUUGCAUUCAAUGAUAGUAAAAAACGAAGUCACGAGACGCAUUGAUUCUUCAUAGCAGUAAUUUCAAAUUUUGCGCGAUGUGUUUCACCCUCACCAAGUGGCUGGUUCCAUGUGGCCCAGGACAGAGAAUCCUGUAAGGAUUUGGGGGAGACCUUUACCCAGACAAAAAUGUUUUAAAUACAAUUUAAACAAAGUUUAUUUUUUACACAGUUUCGACGUCAGAGGCCGCAGUUUCAACAAGGCGCUCCAUUGGUCGGAUCCGCUGGCUUUCGGCCGCAGAGCCUACUUCGUGACAAUGUCUCGACCCUCAGCCCUCACCGUGGAUGCUGUGCAGCUCGAUGAUGAGGGCAUCUACAGAUGUAGAGUCGACUUCAAGAACUCGCCAACAAGAAACUUUCAGAUAAAGUUGAAUGUUGUUGUGCCACCCCACCAGUUGCUUCUGUAUGAUGAAGCAGGCAGAGACGUAGCUGGUGUAGUCGGACCUCUAGAGGAGGGAGGAAACUUCACGCUACUCUGUGAAUUGAGAGGAGGUCGACCCCAACCGACCCUGACCUGGCUGAUCAACAACAAAGAGGUUGAUGAGCACACGAUCCUUAAGAACGACGGCAAGGUCAUCGUCAGCAGGAUCAGCAUUGGAGGAGCGGAGAGGAGCUGGUUGAACACCAGCAUCAGGUGCCAGGCUACGAAUACAGCUCUACUGAGCCCUCAUGAGAGGACAGCGAGGGUUGAGAUGCAUUUGCGCCCUACAUCAGUGAUGAUUACCAACAAACCUGGCCAGAUGUCAGCUGACUCCGAGAUAACGCUGGUCUGCGUAUCCCACGGCAGCAGGCCGGCAGCGCAGGUCACCUGGUUCCGGGAGAACAGGAGAUAUACCAGGGGCAAGCACAGUGAAUUCACGAAUGAGACGACUACAGUCAAUAGGCUGACGAUGCUGCCGCAGCCUGAGGAUGAUGGAGCCAUGAUCAGGUGCAGAGCUGAUAACCCGGUGCUGAGGGUCGCGCUGGAAGACGCUUUCAGGAUGAGCGUUGUCUAUAAACCGGUCCUGACGAUGUCGCUGGGCAGCACGCUUAACCCCAACGAUAUAAAAGAGGGUGAUGAUGUUUACUUCGAGUGCAACAUCAAAGCCAACCCCAAGGAGCAUCGCAUCUCUUGGUAUCAUAACGACCAGCAAGUCAGUCAGAACAUGUCAUCGGGGGUAUUCAUCAGCACCAAGUCCCUUGUUCUUCAGCGGGUGACGAAGAGGGAUGGGGGUCUGUACACCUGCAGGGCUGCCAACCAGAUGGGAGAGUCUAGCAGUCAAGCUGUGUAUCUGAGGGUGCAAUUUGCCCCAGUCUGCGCGCAACCAUCCCCACUCCUAAUUGGUGCGCGGUUGGACGAGCCGCUGCGCGUGCGCUGCACCGUCAACGCGGACCCCGCGGAGGUCACCUUCUACUGGCAGUUCAAUAACAGCGGGGAAAGUUUUCAGGUGUCACCGGCUCGAUAUGUGUCAACGGGCGGGACAUCCAGUGAGCUGCGAUAUCGAGCGGCGAGUGAGCGGGACUACGGCGCGUUGCUAUGCCGCGCGACAAACGCGGUCGGGCGGCAGAAGAGACCGUGUGUCUUCCAGAUCGUUCCAGCAGCUCGACCCUCAUCACCGCGGAACUGCACAGCCAAGCGCCUGCUCCGAAACAACGAGCCCCACCUGUCCGUCAGAUGUGUCGCAGGGUACGACGGAGGACUGAACCAGCACUUUACCCUGGACAUCCUCGGGGAAAACGGGAGGGUCCUGGCUAAUACCACUGCGAACUUUGUUGACCUAGUGGUAUGGUUCAACAUAAGCUGGUCAGCUGUGGAGUCUUUGGAAGACGAUGAAGACUUAGCAGUGACGGCUCGCAACAGUAAGGGCGCUUCGGAUCCCGUGCUGCUGAGGGACCUCGUCUUCAGAGAUGCUGAGAAAAGAGCAGAGAGUACAACUCGAGCGGAGACCAAGUUUCCUGCAGCCGCCGCGCUGGCGGCACUCGCUGCUAUUCUCACAGCGGCAGGCGCCAUCGUCGUGUUAGCUGUGCGCAAGCGAUCUGAAACAACUUCGACCAGUAAACGGCCAUCGCAAAGCGUAGUGCAAGUAGACGCUCAAGGAAGGAGGUUCCUAAUCGCUUACCCUUCGGAGAAACUCGAAACCAAACCUGACAUUCUCAACCCUAAAGCUG